AUGUCGUCCUCGCAAAACCCCUUCUCGCACGCAUCGCGCAACAGCACCACAGCACACGGGCGCACCUCGUCGCCCCGCGGCGCGCCCUUCCACCGGGGCCCCUGGGCCGAGUCCCCGGCCGACAUGAUGGACCAGCCCUUCACCGACGAGAUGCGCGACCUGCAGGCCCGCGGCAAGGACCCCUACGCCGGCGACGCCUCCGACGGGAGCGACCUCAGCCCCGAGCGCAUGCCGGGGGGAGGAGGAAGGAUGGCGGCCCACCAUCAUCAUCAUCAUCCUCAUCACCACCACCACCACCAUGCUCAACACCACUCCCACCACCACCACCGCGCUCCUCCUUCAUCUAGGCAGCCCAAGGAGGCCUUCACAAAGACCGAGAGGCGCGACUGGGCCGAGACGGUGCUCGACAACCCCGAGCUGCUGAUGAUGUACGCACAGAGCAGCGGCGCCACCGUCCCCGCGACACGGUUCAGGUUCAAAAAGAUCAUGUGCGGCCUGGACGAUGACGAAGAUGACGAUGAUGACGACGACGAGCCGAUCCCGGAAACCGGCGGCUACCAACACCUCCAGCAGCAUCAGCAGAAGUACCACGGACAGGGCGGCCAGUCCCUCCGCAUGUCAGCUGCCCAGCAGCAGCAGCAGCAGCGUGGCCGGGGAGAGGGUGGCUCGCGGAGUGGUAGGCGAUAG